CGGUUUGUCCCUGAAUCACGUGAGACCUAUUUCCGGUCGCUCCCAAUUUUCCAGAGCCUCCAAUCUACCUAUCUACGGAAAGGCAUUGAGCCGUGAGCCAGGCGGAUGACCAUGUCGGUGACCAUGAAGACAGCCCUGCUGCUGACACUCCUGGUCCUUCUCAGUCUCCAUGAAGCGGAGUCGAAGAGAUCUAGAAGGAAAAUAGGCUUCGGUUUGGGCCGGCGGAGGUCCGCCUCCAGCAGCUACCCGAAACAGAAGCAGUGGUCGAGCUGGAGUUCUUCAUCCAGUAACUCGGGCUACCCUAAACAGCAGCAGUGGUCGUCCUGGGGCAACACAGGGGGGUCUUCCUACGGCAACACAGGAGGCUCCUACGGCAACACAGGGGGCUCCUGGGGAAACACAGGGGGCUCCUCAUAUGGCAACACCGGGGGGUCCUGGGGGAAUCAGAAUUCUGGAUCGUCCUGGAACAACCGAGGGUCUUCCGGCUCGUCCUGGGGAAGCACGUCGUCCUCCCGGUCCAGGAAGCGGUGGGGCUCGUCCACGGUGGCGACCGCCGCCAUAGCAGGGCUGGCCGGGCUGUACGGAGGCCACGUGUUAACGUCGAUGGCUUACAACUCUAUGGGGCCACGUUACGACUACAACUACGGGUACAACAACUACCGGCCGUACUACCAGAGCAGCAGCUGUAGAGCCGGCCAGUGUGAGGUCAGAUUCACGGUCAACGACACCGUCAUACCUCCGCCUAGGGACCCGUCAAAAACCAACGUGACGAUCCCUCCGUACGCUGAGCUGGUGUUCCUGUGCCGUAACGGUGGAACCUGUGACAAGAGCCACAUCUGUUACAACAACGUCUACCUGUACAACAACAAGCUCUUUCGGGACUACCCCAGGAUAACUUCUGCGAGCAGCACCAGCACCAGUACCAGCAUCAGUACAUCCACUACCACGCAGGUGGCCGCCGGUCCGUCCCGUGCCAGCGUCCGGAACAACGUGACUGCCGUUAACGUGACCGCGGCGCCGCCGCCCGUAACUCGGAACAUCGCCAAGAGACAGGCGCCGAUCCCGCAACCGGAGAUGGUCCAGAUCUGCCGGGCCUCGGAUGCCGCCGGGACCGCCGCGUACGCUUUGGUUGUUACGGUGGCUUUCUUCUUUGCCAUGGUGGCACCCUGAUAAAAAGGCUCUCAAUGCAAGCCUGGACUAAGGCUAAUGGUGCGUUGAAGCAUCAGUUUUUAAAUUAAACUUUUAUUCCCCACAAUUACCCUGCAUUGAGCCGUUUGCAAUGCGACGUAUUGACCUGAGUGCUGUGUAAACUAGACUGUCCUCUUGAGGACAAUUUGUUUAAGAACAGUAUAGCAAAACAACAACAAAGUGCUGCAUGCGAUACAUACUCGUACCAUCAUGAAGAACACAUAUAUACAUGUAGCAUCCGAGACUCUAGACUGAUAUCUGAAUUGUGUACAUGUAUAUGUAUAUCAUGUAGAGCGCAUCUGUACCAGUGAUUGUGCACUAG